AUGUAAAAUCCUUAUACAGACCCUUAAAACUACACUUAUGAUUAUGAUGCUAUUCUCGAAUAUUUGAAUAAAUUCUAAAUAUCCCCAUAUACCGGAAAUCCUUUAUAUAUUUCAGACUUAAAGCCUAAUUAAGACCUAAAACAUUAAAUAGAUUAAUUAAGAGAUUAAAUUCCUGACGAAAAUAAAUAUCGUGAAACUUCCUUAUCAAUUAAAAACUAUAAAAAAAUAAACCCUUAAAUCCUUCUUAAAUUUUCCAAAAAAAAUACUACUUAUUAACUAUCUAUUACUCCACCAUCUUCUAAUAUCCCCAGACCUCCCAACUACUUCGAUAUAUGUUGCGUAAUUGACGUUUCAGGCUCUAUGAAUGACGAAGCUAGAAUUUAAGGAGAUACUGAAAGUGCAGGAUUGUCUGUUUUAGAUAUCGUAAAGCAUUCCGUAAAGACAAUUAUAGUCAACUUAAGGCCAGAAGACCGUUUAUCAAUCGUUACAUUCCACUCUUAAGCUAAAAGAGAAAUAGAAUUAACAUAUAUGGAUAAAAAAGGAAAGGAAAAAGUAUAAAAUUGCCUCGAUACUUUAACUCCUUUAAAUUCUACUAAUUUAUGGUAAGGCUUAGAAUAUGGUUUGGAUGUAUUAAACGAAAAAAAUAGUUAAAAUUUAAAUUUUUUAAUGGUUUUUACUGACGGAGUUCCAAAUAUUAAUCCACCAAGAGGUCAUUUAUAAAUGUUAUAAAAAUACAGAAAAGAUAAUAAAGAAAAAAUAGAAAAUUGUAUAAUUAAUAUGUUUGGUUUUGGUUAUAAUUUAGAUUCUGAAUUAUUAAAUGAAUUAGCUAUAGAAGGAAAUGGAGCUUAUGCUUUUAUUCCAGACGCUUCUUUUGUAGGAACUGUUUUCGUAAAUGCAUUCGCUUAGAUGCUUUCAAGUGAUUUUCUUGGAGGAAGAAAUCUAAUAAAAAUAUACAUUAGAUAAAAAUAACCUCUAAGCCAUUUUAUUAGAAAAUACCUAAAUUUUGACUUAAGUAAAUUUAGAAGAAAUUGA